GUUGGAAAUUUUGGAGGCAGAAACUGUAGCUGCUCUCAACAGCACGAAAACCCUGCUGAGGUUGCAAAUGGAUGAAGUGUCCCAACUAAACUCAACAACCAGAGGACUUCAAGUCAAACUUGAAGCCCAGCUGAAUGUAACCGAAGUGGAGAUUAACCAUAAAUUGGAUACAAUUCAAAGCGAAUUUAAAGUGCGGAAUAAAGUUGCUUUUUCAGCAAGCAUCGCAUCUUCUCAUUCGUUCAUUGGACAUGUCUCUUUUCAUACAAGGAAAAUUGUAAAAUUUGACAAAGUCUUUACAAAUAUUGGAAACGCCUACGACAAAAAGACAGGCAUCUUCACAGCUCCAGUUAAAGGUGUUUAUCUGUUCAGCUUCAUGACUUUUGGUUACAACAUUUACACGUCGGGAGCUAUCCUGGUGAAGAACGGGAAAUACCAAGUGAGCACCUGGGAGUCAAAAGGAUCAGACACCAGCGACACAACGAGCAACUCAGUAAUCCUUGAAAUGAACGCUGGAGACUGUGCCAAUAUCAUUCUGUGGAGAGGUGGUAAAAUAUAUACCAGUGUCUUCAGUGGAUUCCUAAUAUUCCCAUUAGUCUAAGUUUUACAAAAACAUUUGACAUUAGCUUCCCUUUUUGGUCUUUUUUAAUUCCUUUAUUGUAGGUGUAGGGGAUUAACGCUCUAUUAAUAGGGUGACCUAGUAUAGAGCUGGGGCGUUACUAUUUUAAAGAAUUCAGGAAAAUGCAACAUUGAAAGCUUAUAAGAUUUUAUUCUAUUUUAUGCCACAAAGUAGGCUUAAAGGUGCUGCAGGAGAUCUUGAAAGACGGUUCCAGCAAGCUAUAUUUUUGAACAUACACAACCAUGCCUCUCCCUUCAGACCAUCCCUCCAAAGCAUGCCUUCAAAAAAAAAAAAAAAAAAAACGCGCAUGCUGACUGCAGCGUGUCUAGAGCAGCAGGACCAGCGUAUCAGAGCAGCUGAAGCAGCGGAUCUGGGAGCUUGCAGGGAGACAGGCAGCACUGAUGAUCCUUAGCGCUAUGACUACUCCUCUGAAACAGUUAAUUAACACCUAAAUUAACUUAAAAUGGUGUGCAAAACAUGUUCUCAUUUAUUAUCCUGGUGCCUGCAGUUUGGAUGACAUACAUGAAAAAUGGCUUCCAGCCGCCGCGUCAAGCAGCGAAGAGGCGACCGGGCUGUUGAAUGGGAUUCCUAGUGACAGUGCACCGCCGGAGUAAGGGGGUCUGAGCGGCUUUGACAGAAAUAAAAUUUGAAGGCAGGAUGGAAAUCUAGAUGA